GGCAAGCCCUAUGUCUUCGACCGUGUCUUCCCCCCCAACACCACCCAGGAGCAGGUCUACCACGCCUGUGCCAUGCAGAUCGUCAAGGAUGUGCUGGCCGGGUAUAAUGGUACCAUCUUUGCCUACGGGCAGACGUCAUCAGGCAAGACCCACACCAUGGAGGGCAAGCUGCACGACCCCCAGCAGAUGGGCAUCAUCCCACGCAUCGCUCAGGACAUCUUCAGCCACAUCUACUCCAUGGAUGAGAACCUUGAGUUCCACAUCAAGGUUUCUUACUUUGAAAUUUAUCUGGACAAGAUCCGGGACCUGCUGGACAUGACCAAGACCAACCUAUCAGUGCACGAGGACAAGAAUAGGGUUCCCUACGUCAAGGGCUGCACCGAGCGCUUUGUCUCCAGCCCAGAGGAGAUCUUGGACGUGAUCGACGAGGGGAAAUCCAACCGGCAUGUGGCUGUCACCAACAUGAACGAGCACAGCUCCCGCAGCCACAGCAUCUUCCUCAUCAACAUCAAGCAGGAGAACGUGGAAACAGAGCAGAAGCUCAGUGGGAAGCUCUACCUGGUUGACCUGGCUGGGAGCGAGAAGGUCAGCAAGACAGGGGCUGAGGGGGCCGUACUGGACGAGGCCAAAAAUAUCAACAAGUCACUGUCGGCGCUGGGCAACGUCAUCUCAGCCCUGGCUGAGGGCACGAAGGCCUACGUGCCCUACCGGGACAGCAAGAUGACACGGAUCCUGCAGGACUCGCUGGGGGGGAACUGCCGCACCACCAUGUUCAUCUGCUGCUCCCCCUCCAGCUACAACGAUGCCGAGACCAAGUCCACUCUCAUGUUCGGACAGAGGGCCAAGACCAUCAAGAACACAGCAUCGGUGAACCUGGAGCUGACAGCUGAGCAGUGGAAGAAGAAGUACGAGAAGGAGAAGGAGAAGAACAAGGCACUGAAGGAGACCAUCAGGAAGCUGGAGGCUGAGCUGAGCCGCUGGCGGAGUGGGGAGGCUGUGCCCGAGACAGAGCAGCUGAGUGGGACAGAGGCGGAGGUGGAGGCUGGACCCACCAGCGAGACUCCCCUCAACAACAGCUCCUCCAUCGUCAUCCACAUCUCUGACGAGGAGCGCCGCAAGUACGAGGAGGAGAUCCGCAAGCUCUACAAGCAGCUGGAUGACAAGGAUGAUGAGAUCAACCAGCAGAGCCAAAUUAUGGAGAAGCUCAAGCAACAGAUGCUGGACCAGGAGGAGGUGAAGGGCUCACCCCUGCCCCCAUGUUCCCCCAUCUCUGUCUGGCUGACCCCAUAA